GGCCCAGAAUAUGAAAUUGGAAAUUAUUUCAUUUUUACUCUUUUUCGCUUUGGAGCCGAACUAGGAAAUGAAUUUUUCUAUGUUAUAUUUUAUACAUUUUCUAUGUGGAACUUUGAUACUUUAAUUGGCUUAAAAAUUGUCUUAGUUUGGGUGUUAUUAAUGUAUGUUGGACAAUCGUUGAAAGAUGUUAUAUGCUGGCCACGUCCUGCUAGCCCUCCUGUGUUUCAGUUGGAAGAUCGCUAUGCAUUAGAAUAUGGAAUGCCAUCAACGCAUGCCAUGGUAGGAACUGCUAUUCCCUUUAUGCUGCUGAUUUUUACUGUUGAUAGAUAUGAGUACCCAGUGUUAUUAGGAUUAAUAAUAGCUAUAUUAUGGUGUAGUUUAGUAUGUUUAAGUCGUAUUUAUCUUGGAAUGCAUACAAUCAUGGAUAUAUUAGCUGGGUUGGUAUUAGUUACUAUAUUAUUAUUUAUUAUGGUACCAUGGGCUGAAACAGUUGUACUAUAUAUAGUAAUGACCAAAUGUGGUGGAUUAUUAGCCUUAUUAGGAGGUGUAGUCUUAACAAUUUGUUAUCCUACCCUUGAUAGAUGGAGUACAGCACGAGGAGAUACUACAGUAUUUCUAGGCGUGGCAUCAGGCAUGUUGUUAGGAACCUGGAUUAAUUUUCAGCUAGGUUAUAUCAUUCCGUCAAACGCAACCCUCCCAUAUCAAACAGCAAUAAUGGAAUUUGAUUGGUUAAAAAGUGGAUCUUUACGAAUGCUGACUGGAGUUGUUGCCACAGUUACAAUGAGAUUUAUUAUGAAACUGUUGACUUUUAAUUUACUGUGCUACUUGUUUAAUAAAGACCCAAAAGAUCCAAAAACUAAAACAUGUCUCAAAAUAGAGCUGCCAUAUAAGUUCUGUACCUAUUUUGGACUUGCUGUUUGUGCCUCUGUUAUAGCACCUAUUAUAUUUACAUAUGUUGGUAUCAAU